GCGGCUGCCGUGCUUAUCUUCUCCAUUGAACAUUUCCCCACCUUGAGUGGGCUACCCCCCUAUAAAUACGACCCCUCAUUAGGGCAAAAUUCAUCCUCUGUUCCAUUUCAGUCUCCCCUUCUCUCCGUAGCCAAUCGAAGCUCAUUCUCCUCUCUCAAGAUGCAGAUCUUCGUCAAGACCCUCACCGGCAAGACCAUCACUCUCGAGGUCGAGAGCUCCGACACCAUCGACAACGUCAAGGCCAAGAUCCAGGACAAGGAAGGCAUCCCGCCGGACCAGCAGAGGCUGAUCUUCGCUGGCAAGCAGCUCGAGGAUGGCCGUACCUUGGCCGACUACAACAUCCAGAAGGAGUCCACCCUCCACCUCGUCCUCCGGCUCCGUGGAGGCAUGCAGAUCUUUGUCAAGACUCUCACCGGCAAGACCAUCACGCUUGAGGUCGAGAGCUCCGACACCAUCGACAAUGUGAAAGCUAAGAUCCAGGACAAGGAGGGGAUCCCGCCGGACCAGCAGAGGCUGAUCUUCGCCGGGAAGCAGCUCGAGGAUGGCCGAACCUUGGCCGACUACAACAUCCAGAAGGAGUCAACCCUCCACCUUGUCCUCCGUCUUCGCGGAGGUAUGCAGAUCUUCGUUAAGACCCUCACGGGUAAGACGAUUACCCUCGAGGUGGAGAGCUCCGACACCAUUGACAACGUGAAGGCUAAGAUCCAGGACAAGGAGGGCAUUCCCCCGGACCAGCAGAGGCUGAUCUUCGCCGGGAAGCAGCUCGAGGACGGGAGGACCCUUGCGGACUACAACAUCCAGAAGGAGUCCACCCUCCACCUCGUCCUCCGCCUCCGUGGUGGCAUGCAGAUCUUUGUCAAGACCCUCACCGGGAAGACCAUCACCCUCGAGGUGGAGAGCUCGGACACCAUCGAUAACGUGAAGGCCAAGAUCCAGGACAAGGAGGGCAUCCCUCCGGACCAGCAGAGGCUUAUCUUUGCGGGUAAGCAGCUCGAGGACGGGAGGACCCUUGCGGACUACAACAUCCAGAAGGAGUCCACCCUCCACCUGGUGCUGAGGCUGAGGGGAGGGAUGCAGAUCUUCGUGAAGACCUUGACGGGGAAGACCAUCACCCUGGAGGUGGAGAGCUCGGACACCAUCGACAAUGUCAAGGCUAAGAUCCAGGACAAGGAGGGGAUCCCGCCGGACCAGCAGAGGCUUAUCUUCGCUGGGAAGCAGCUCGAGGACGGGCGCACCCUUGCGGAUUACAACAUUCAGAAGGAAUCGACCCUCCACCUUGUCCUCCGCCUCCGUGGUGGCGAUCUCUGAGCUCGCCGGAGAUGAAAAAAUGCAUGCUUUCAGAUGUUUUCUAAUAAGUUUGUUUGGUUGACAUUACAUUGGAUUUGGUCCAGCAGUGGGCAGAUCCAAUGGAUUGGUUCCGAAGAUGUAAUGCAUCAAUCUGUCGUCUUUUAAUCACAUCACAUGAAUAAAAAAUCAGCUACCUCCGCCAA